UUUGAUUGUCCGCGCGCAGGUUAUACCGUUAGGAAUGGCGCACGUCGAAUUUCCCGAAAGCGGUAACAAGUACUCGUGGCGAAAGGUGACGACGACGAUUCACAACAUAAUCGUCGGCAAGCUCUGGGUCGACCAGCACGGCGACAUGGACAUUGUCGGUAAGGGACAGGCCGCCGGCAUCAAGUGCCACCUGAAGUACAUCCCGUACUCGUACUUCACGCGCGAGACUCAGCGGCGGGGGAAAGGGGCCGUCAUGGAUUCGCUGAAGAACGUCAAGUGGAUCAUUAACGGCACGUGGGACGACAAGGUGGAGAUCGCGCCCGUUAUCGGCAGUUCCAAUACGCUCGAGAAUCCCGUUUACCAGACCGGGGCGGUUACGGUCGCGUGGAAGCGAAGGAUGCCGGCGCCCGACGCCGAGAAGUUUUACAGUUUCACCACUCUUGCCGCGCAACUGAACGAGUACGAGGAGGGAGUCGCCACUACUGACUCGAGAUUACGACCGGACCAGCGCUACAUGGAGAACGGCAAGUGGAACGAGGCGAACGCGGAGAAGGUCCGGCUCGAGGAGAAGCAGAGGGCGACGCGGCGACAGCGCGAGACGGAGGCGGAACGCGCGGCCGCCGAGGGUCGACCGUACAUGCCCUAUCAGCCGAUCUGGUUCGAGCAGGUGAAGGAGGACGACUCGGACACGAUCUCGCACGUGUACAAGGGCGGAUACUGGGAGGCGAAGGAGAAGGGGGACUGGUCGCAAUGCCCGGACAUAUUUUAAUGUUAUUGCCGAUAGUUUAUUUUGUAAACGGCGUUGCUGAAGUCGGGUGCCCCGAAAGAUCUGUCGACGAUGGCAAAAUGAAAUGCUAGACAUAACUUUAUAGUCAAUAAUAAUAAUCUAUCCUAAGUACUACUGAUUUUAAUGAAGGAGCUUCUGAUAAUUUUUCUAAAAAUUGUUUGUUAUGUAAAUAUCUGAUUUUAUCGCAAUGUAAAAAAUUGUUACUUAUUUGUAAGGUCUAUUAUGUUGGUAUCUUUUAGUUCUCUUAGUGGAAAAUCUUUCGAGCAUUACAUGGUGUCAUGGGGAGAAGGAAUUUCUUUAACUCUUGUGAUUUGUUGGGAAAGGACCAUCGAUAUAUGCAACCUACACGAAUUUGUACGCUAUCUACCGAAAACAAAAAUGCGUUUUGGUAUCAUACGACUUUGAUAGAGCGAUUGUUGUUAAAAUGUAAUUUGCAAUUUUUGACUAUCUAUAAUUUGUGUAUGUAAAUACAAUUAUCUGUGCAACAAAGGCUUUCAACAUGUAAUAUUGAAUAAAGUUUAUAACACUUA